AAUUCUCUAUAUAUGUAUCAAUUUCUCUUUCUACUCUGUGUCUCAUAUUUCUCUUUCACAUAUCAGAAAUCUUUCCUCUCCUUCCUCCACUCGCCCUCUUUCUCCUCUUUCAAGAACCUUCUCUUCCUCUCCUUGUUUUUCUACCAUCGUCUCUUGUUUGGGUUGGCGCAAAUUCAUUCAUUUACUUCUUCAAAAUCAAACCCUACUUGCAUAUAUACAGUUAACAUUUGUUGAACAUGGUCCCCUCUUCUUCUUCCUCCAAUCAACGAAUGAUUUGUUUGGAGUUUCCCAUUUUUUUAUGUUUAAUUUUCUAAAGAAAUAUUGGAAGAUACCAAGAAAUCUUUAAAUACGUAAGCCAGGACAAGAAUCAUAUCAUACCGUUUCUUCAAACCCAGAUGCUGGUUUUUUGGUGGUAGUGUUAUUAGAUUUGAUUCUGUUGUGGUUUUCCCAUCUACAGAAUUAAUUAGGAAUAAAUAUGAGGCCGCUUCAACCACCGCCGGCCCCCGCAAAUCGGAACCGUCAGCGGCGGCGACCCGACCUGACUCUACCUUUACCCCAACGUGACCCAUCUCUUGCUGUGCCGCUUCCGCUUCCGCCCAACUCAGCCCCUGCUUCUAGCUCCGCCGCCCAGCUUUCCCAGCCCCUCAACUUUUCCGAGCUGGAGCGUGUGAAUCGAAUAGGCAGUGGCGCAGGCGGCACUGUCUACAAAGUUAUCCACCGCCCCACCGGUAAGCACUACGCCCUCAAGGUGAUCUAUGGCAACCACGACGACUCCGUCCGCCGCCAGAUCUGCAGGGAAAUCGAGAUCCUCCGAGACGUAGACAACCUCAACGUCGUCAAGUGCCAUGACAUGUAUGAUCACAAUGGAGAAAUCCAGGUCCUCCUUGAACACAUGGAUAAAGGGUCUCUUGAAGGCAUCCACAUCCCCCAAGAAGCCUCUUUAUCCGAUCUCACCCGCCAGAUUCUCUCUGGAUUGUUCUACCUCCAUAAGAGAAAAAUCGUUCAUCGUGACAUUAAGCCUUCAAAUUUGCUCAUAAACUCAAGGCGUAUUGUGAAAAUAGCUGAUUUUGGUGUCUCAAGAAUUUUGGCUCAAACAAUGGAUCCCUGCAAUUCAUCCGUUGGCACUAUUGCUUACAUGAGCCCAGAAAGAAUCAACACAGAUCUGAAUCAGGGUCAGUACGACGGGUAUGCCGGUGAUAUAUGGAGUUUAGGCGUGAGCAUUCUCGAAUUUUACUUGGGCAAAUUCCCGUUUGGACGACAGGGCGAUUGGGCGAGCCUUAUGUGCGCCAUUUGUAUGUCGCAGCCUCCGGAGGCGCCGCCAACUGCGUCAAGGGAGUUUAAAGAUUUCAUUUCUUGCUUCCUACAGAGGGACCCUGCAAGGAGGUGGACCGCCUGGAAGCUUCUGCAUCACCCUUUUAUCCUGCAGUAUGCUUCUCCGGGCAGUAACGGCGAUGGCGGGAGCAAUCAGGUGCAUCAGUCUCAUCAGCUACUUCCUCCACCUUCCCAUUUUCCACCUUCUUGAUUGUUACUUUCGGCUAAUUUUUUUACCUUGUUAAUUUUGUGGGUUGAAUUCCGUAAUUCUUGUGGGAUAUUCCAUGCUGGUGGAGUGUGAUUUUUGCAUUUAGAACAGGAAAUUCAAGAGGAAUGGCAGGGUUGGGUUUAUGUUUAGUCCAAGAAUCUUAAUCAAACAAUCUUGUCUUUUAAUGGUGAUGUUUAACCAAGAAAAGAAAUUUUAUCUUUCAAGUUUAGCCCUCUACUUUUUGGUGUUGUAUUUUACUCUUUUGUGUAAGAAACUAAUUAGAAUAAUAAAUCUUUUUGAAGGUUAA